AUGAGUGUACAAGAGGGUGGUAAAAGUAAAAAGUAUGAGUUAGUGCCACCCGACGGAGGUUGGGGUUACAUGAUUUGGAUAGCCGUUGUAAUUAAUUUGGUAGCAACAUCGGCAUUUUUAGGAUGUUUUGGAAUAAUAUUCAAGGAAUUAUUUAUACAAUUAGAGAUGGGAUCUACACAUAUAAAUUUAUUGAAUGGAAUAAAUUCUAUCUGCAUUUCAGUCUCUGGUUUUAUGACAGGACCGUUACUAAAAUUUAUAAGUAUGAGAAAAGUUGGUUUCAUUGCCGCAAUUUUUAUGAACCUUGGAUCUUUUGGCACAAUUUUCGUUAAUUCUCAAUUAACUUUCUUUCUUUGUUAUGGAAUUGUGCAGCCCAUUGGAAUUGGUAUAUUGUAUAACAUAUCGUAUUCCAGUAUUAAUGACUAUUUUGUGAAGCGACGAUUGAUCUCAUUAAGUUUGACACAAAGUGUUGCAGCUAUAGUUAGUUUUCUAUCACCACAAUUUGUCGAAAUCACAUUAGAGGUUUAUGGAUAUAGAGGAGCAUACGUACUACUAGCGGCGAUAAAUAUGCAGACAUUUGUGGCUGUGUCUCUCAUGCAGCCUGUGGAUUUGCAUUUGAAAAAAGUUGAAGUGAUAACGGUUGAGGAAAAUGAAAUGAAACUGCUUAUGGUUGAUGAUCAAAGCUGUGAAAUACCCACUGUUAAAUUAUCUAAUAAAAAACGGAAUAGUGGUUAUUCAGAUCAGAAGCAAGAAAAAGAUUUAAAGUUACAUGUAACAGAGAAAAAAAGUAAAGGUAUUAAGGAGUUGAUAUUAGAAGCUCUUGACGUAUCCCUUAUGAAAUCUUUUUUGUUAUCGAAUGCGGCGUUAGGGGUAGCUCUAUGUUUGUUUGCUGAUGUAACUUUUUCAUUUAUACUCCCACAAGCGUUAUACACAAUGAACUGGACUGAAGGUGAAGUUGCGUGGGCUGUAUCUUUGUCUUCUCUUGGGGACUUAGUGACCAGAGUUAUGUUUAUAAUUUUCAGCAAUUCGUUACUGAGAUUUGAAAUUCAACAGAUUUACAUUGUUGGAUUGUUCGUGGCUUUUAUCACUAGAAUAGGAAUACUGGCAUCAGAAAAUUUUACUGUAGUUCUAAUAUUCCUUGCACUUAUCGGUACAUCGCGGUGUAUAUUAGUAGUUCUGAUGCCACUAGUAAUCGCUGAUGCGGUACAGCCGGAGCAGUUUACGUCGGCUAUGGGAAUAUUUAUGCUAGCUUAUGGAUGUAUUAAUUUAUUAUUGGGGCCAGCUAUAGGUGCAAUUCGAGAUUUGACCGACAGCUACGCGACGGCAAUAUACGUUCUUAACUCGUGCUUCGCGAUUGUAAUAAUAUUCUGGCUUAUAGAAAUAUGUUACAAAAAGAACAAGCAUAAAAGACAACCAAAAAAGAAUGAACCAAAGAAACGAUGA